AAAAAAAAUAAAAAACAGUUACAGUUAAGUGAUAAAUUUGAGAAACUAAGAGAAGCUGAAAUGUUUGAUGAAGGGUUUCUUGCCUGCAAAGCAUCAAAUCAUUCCAAAACGAAAAACCUUUCAUUUGAUCUUACCCAUAUUCUUCUUCUGUAACGCUCUUUUGGAUAUUAUAUAAAUAAACUUCAAACACAAACUGAAAACAGAAGCAUAAGCCAAGCAAGAUGGACAAGAAGAAGAGAGAAGUUAUUCGAUUGGAACGUGAAUCUGUCGUUCCUAUUCUUACACCUAAGCUCAUCAUGACUUUGGCUAAUCUCAUUGAGCAUAGUAAUGACCAGGCUGAGUUUCUAAAGCUUUGCAAGAGAGUUGAGUACACAAUUAGAGCGUGGUAUCUUCUACAAUUUGAGGAUUUAAUGCAACUGUACUCCCUAUUUGAUCCUGUAACCGGGGCUCAGAAAUUGGAGCAGCAGAACUUAUCUCCUGCCGAAAUUGAUACACUUGAACAAAAUUUCUUGACAUACUUAUUUCAGGUGAUGGAUAAGAGUAAUUUCAAAAUAGCUACUGAUGAUGAGAUUGGUGUUGCACUUUCAGGGCAGUAUCUUCUAAAUCUUCCAAUCGGCGUUGAUGAGUCUAAGCUUGACAAGAAGCUUUUGAAGAGGUAUUUCGAAGAGCAUCCCCAUGAAAAUCUUCCAGUUUUUUCUGAUAAGUACGUUAUCUUUCGUCGAGGAAUCGGAAUUGAUCAAACAACUGAUUUCUUUUUCAUGGAGAAAGUGGACAUGCUCAUUGGACGCCUUUGGUCAUUUCUUUUGAGAAUAACAAGGCUAGAAAAACUAUUUCGCAGGAGGUCAAGCAGUCGUAAGAAGGACCCAAAGAAGGAUGAUGAACUUAAUUCUGAAGCCAUUCAAGAUGACCUGUAUGUUGAGCGACACCGUCUUGAAAAUAUGGAACUAAGUUUGCGCAAUUUGCUGACCAAGGUUACAAUCCAAGAGCCAACCUUUGAUAGGAUCAUCGUGGUCUACAGGAAAGCAAGUACAAAAUUAAAACCAGAACGAGGAAUAUAUGUAAAACAUUUUAAAAACAUUCCAAUGGCAGAUAUGGAAAUAGUUCUUCCUGAAAAGAAAAAUCCAGGAUUAACUCCACUAGACUGGGUCAAGUUCCUGAUCUCUGCCGUGGUUGGGCUGGUUGCUGUGAGUAGUUCACUUCAAAUGACAGAACAUGAUCUUUGGGUCAUUAUUGCAGUGCUUUCCACAGUGAUUGGUUACUGUGCUAAGACAUACUUCACGUUUCAGCAAAACUUGGCUACAUAUCAGAAUUUAAUCACACAGUCCAUGUAUGACAAACAACUAGAUAGUGGAAAGGGCACUCUUCUUCACUUGUGUGAUGAUGUGAUCCAGCAAGAAGUGAAAGAGGUGAUCAUUGCAUUUUUUAUAUUGAUGGAACAGGGCAGAGCCACAAGGCAGGAUCUGGACAAGUGGUGUGAGGAUCUAAUCAAGGAAGAGUUUGGUGAACACUGUAAUUUUGAUGUGGAUGAUGCAGUUCAAAAGUUACAGAAAUUAGGCAUUGUUUCGCAGGAUAGUAUUGGUCGGUAUAUAUGUGUUGGGCUGAAGCGAGCAAACGAGAUCAUUGGCACCACCACUGAAGAACUCGUCCUUAAGGCAAAAAUGGGCGGCAGUACAACUUAAUAAUGUCCUAGGAAAUGGGAAGGUGACAGCUUCUUCUCCUCCAUGCUAGAUCUUUUUGGAAUGAUACCGGCAUCUGAACUCUCAAGUGUCAAUCACAUUUACAGGUGAUGACUUUAACAGCCCAUCGGACAACCUUCCAUUUGUGGUGCCAAACUUCUACUUCUUUGUUGAUAUUUGUAAUUUCAGUUAAUUUUAUUUUUAUAUUCAUACCAUAUAAUUGCAAGAUGCCUUCAUGCAGUAAAUUUCGUGAAAAAUGGUGUGGGGUUAUGUUUGUUAUUUUAAUAUGUUCAUUUCGGGCAACAA